AUGGCGCUUCCUCCUAAGUGGUACCAGUUCCUUGUGGGUGUUUUCGCCUCCCUCGGAUCACUUCUCUUCGGUUAUGAUUUGGGUGUCAUUGCUCAAGUCGUCGCUUCGCCAUCGUUUGCCAAAGAAUUCAACAAUCCUAAAGCCAAUGAGACAGGCGCCGUGGUGUCCGUCUUCACGGGCGGCGCCUUUCUGGGAGCUGGAGUCGCUGGUGUCCUCGCUGAUAGGAUUGGUCGUCGCUUGACGAUCAUGAUCGGAGCCAUCAUCUUCUGCCUUGGUGGUGCGCUGCAAACGGGUGCCAUGGCGCUGUCAUACCUCUACUCCGGACGUGCUAUUGCAGGUCUUGGUGUCGGUGUGCUCACUAUGAUUAUUCCUCUUUACCAAGCCGAAUUGGCACAUCCUAGCAUUCGUGGUCGUAUAACGGCUCUCCAGCAAUUUAUGCUCGGCGUUGGCGCGCUCGCAGCCGCCUGGAUCUCCUACGGGACCUACACUGGAUUCGCCCCAGACGACAAUGGCCAAUGGAGAACUAGUCUGGGAAUCCAGAUCUUGCCGGCUGUCGUACUUGCCGCGCUGAUUCUGCUUUUCCCCGAAUCGCCCCGCUGGCUUAUCGACCAAGGCAAGACCGAGGAAGGGCUGCGAACCUUAGCCAAAUUGCACUCCCAUGGAAAUAUCGAUGAUGCGUGGGUGCGCGCCGAGUUCGACCAAAUCCAAGAAACGAUUACAUACGAGCAUGAGCAUGAGGCCUCGUCGAUUGGCGAGCUCUUCACGGACCGGUCUUCUUUCCGCCGUCUUUUCCUCGCAUGCGCCAUUCAGGCCUCUGUCCAGAUGACUGGUGUCUCGGCGAUUCAGUAUUACUCUCCUGCCAUUUACAAACUCAUGGGCAUUGCGACCAAUGAUACUUUGAAGUACCAAGCCAUCUCUUCCAUACUUGCCCUCAUCGCGCAGGCUACCUGCAUCCUCUUCAUCGAUCGCUUUGGUCGCCGCUGGCCGCUCAUCUGCGGUAACCUAUUCAACAUGGUAACGUUCAUCAUUGCCACUGUUCUGUUAGCGAAGUUCCCGCCUGGCGCAAACGACAACAAGUCCGCGGCUUGGGCAUUCAUCGUGAUUACCUGGCUUUACAAUGUCUCCUUCAGCGCUACCAAUGGCCCACUGUCUUGGAUCAUUCCCGCUGAAAUCUUCGACACCAAGACUCGUGCCUACGGUGUCAUGAUCGCCACUAUGACCUCGUUCGCGUUUAACACCAUGAUCGGACAGAUCACGCCCAUUGCCAUGGAGAACGUCGGCUACAAGUUCUACAUUCUCUUCGUCGUUGGUAACUUCACCAACGCUAUUUUCUUCUGGGCUUUCCUCCCAGAGACUGCCAAGCGCCCGCUCGAAGAGAUGAAGUACCUCUUCACCGAAGCGCCGCUCUUCGUGCCUGGCAUGAAGCGAGUCGAUUUCGAGACACACGAUCUCGAGCACAGGGUCCAAGAAGUGGAAGCCAAGCAGGGAUACUCUUCGCAUGUCGAAACUCGCGCUUAG